UAACAUUACUAAUAUAUUUUUAUUUACUUUCAACUCGACAAUCUACAACCUUGCUUGUAGGUGUAAUUAUGCAUGUACUUUGGUGUGAUAUAAAUUGUGGAAAAAUGAGAAUACUUGGAUGGCGAAAAACAGCGGAACGCGAGGGUCAUUCAAGGACUGCGGGGAGAGCUUCCUCGCGGUGUCAUCUGAAUCAUCAUCAGCUGAACCAGGCUCAUCCACACUACUUCGCUGGCCCAACUCACAGUCGUACGGCAUACGCACAGGUGGGAGAUCGUCCAGGGAGGCACCACCACCAUCCGUCGGAGUGGUCUUACCUCGUGCAAGUGCAUAAAGCUCGACCUAUCUGACUUCCCCUGAGACGGCAUCAAAAUCAAUCGCGUUUCUCUCCUGUAAGGACUCAUAAAUACCGAUAUCCACUUUCUCCAUGUCCAGCUCACGCACGUUGAGGUUAUCCUUCAGCACUCCAAGUCGGUAUCAACGAUGGAUAGUGACUUCUCAUUGUCCUCCUGAAGUUGAGUUAGAAAAAUGACUGCUCUCUCUUUCUCCUCAAUUUUCCAGGAUGUAGCAGGUGUAGUUAGAAUGUCGUGACGUAUUCUUUCACGGCUAGCAUACGCAUACCUGAGUGAAGU